CAAGGUGCGGCAGAGAGACAGGUGCGUGACGAAUCUCUGAGAGACUAUAAAUUGAAACGGCGCCGUCUUCUGCUGAAGUCACUUGAGAAAGCUGAGGAAUAGGUAGAAACGGAUAGUAACGGAAGAGUUAACUUUGUCAGAAACAAAGCAGACUUCGCUAAACACCGUCGGUUUGUAGAGGAGUGGGGGAUUUGCACCUUCGCAGCAGGUGGACGUCGUCUUUGUUGAUUCACCGUUAAGUCGAAGAAGUAGUGAAAAGAAGAAAAAAAAAAAUGGCCAACUCGGGUCUGCAGAUUUUGGGUUUCGCCCUGGCCCUUAUCGGCUUAAUUGGACUGAUAAUUGGCACAAUUCUGCCCCAGUGGAAGAUGUCCUCUUAUGCCGGGGACAACAUCAUCACGGCGAUAGCCAUGUACGAAGGACUGUGGAUGUCCUGCGCCUUCCAGAGCACAGGCCAAAUCCAGUGCAAAGUGUACGACUCAAUCCUGCAGCUCAGCGGUCCCCUCCAGGCAACCCGCGCCCUCAUGAUCGUGAGUAUCAUCGUAUUGGUGGCUGGCUUGGGCGCAGCCUGCAUGGGAAUGAAGUGCACCAACUGUGGAGGAGAUGACAAAGUGCGCAAAUCCCGCAUUGCCAUGGCUGCUGGCAUCAUCAUCCUGAUUGGAUCUUUGUGUGCCAUUGUCGCCUGCUCUUGGUAUGCUCACGAUAUCAUCCAAGCCUUCUACAACCCUUUCACCCCCGUCAAUACCAAGUACGAGUUUGGUUCUGCCAUCUUCAUUGCCUGGGCUGGAUCGUUCCUGGCUAUUGUGGGAGGCGGCAUGCUGACAGCAUCCUGCCCAAGAGAAAAGUCAACGCCGAAGUACCCCAUCUCCAGACCCCCCAGCAGCAAGGAAUACGUUUGAGUUGUUAGAGAAUGAACACUUUGACAUUCGUGCUAGUCCAACUUAGAUAUUGAAACAUUGAACAGAUGUAUCCCAGGAGCUGAUCAGUAUCUUUUUUUUUUUUUUUGUUUAAAUUUAAUUUUAUAUGUUAGUUUCUUCAGAGCUUCCCUGUGAUGUUACUGUAAUAUUUUAACAAAUGCAUUAAAAAGCCAUUUUUAAUAAUGGCUGAUUGGCCUUGUCCUGUCCGGAGCUACAGUUAGUGCUUGAUUUGUACGCCAUGUAGGAAGCUAUCUACUUAUUUGACACCUGUAAAGCACCAAGUUAAAAUUAAGGUGACGCACGCCUGAUAUUAUGCAACUUAUCGUAUGCUAGUGCAUUAGAAUGUACAGUGUUUUGGGGAAAAAUGGUUUGAAUGCACUGACUACAACCCUGAUGUGGCAAUAGAUGACUCUUACACCAUUAAUGACUGUCGGCCGAACACGCAGUAGUUCAUAAUUUUAGCACCUGAGCAGCAACUGGCUCCCAUUAUUUCCAUUUAUUUGUGCUUUUUAUUUAUACAAAAACUACAAAUCCCUCCAUACCACUGUAGUCCAUUUAGAUUCAAUAAAGUGCUGGAUUGAAAUUGUACCUAUAUAUCAAAUAAAGAAUACUGAUUACUUUUACUCAA